UACUGCUCCUACAGUAAAUAUUUGUGUUUUCUCAACCGGCUGUGAUGGUUUAACGACUGAGACUGAAAAGAGAGGAAUAAAACCACGAAUAUCGAAGUCCAGACAUAACACUACGAGACGCGAGUAGGAAUAAAGCUUUGGUGCAAAAUGGAUGAACUCAAACACCAAGUAAUGAUAAACCAGUUCGUCUUGACAGCGGGUUGUGCGGCAGAUCAGGCAAAGCAGCUUUUGCAAGCAGCACAUUGGCAAUUUGAGACUGCCCUCAGUGCCUUUUUUCAAGAAACGAAUAUUCCAUACGGUCACCAUCAUCAAAUGAUGUGCACCCCAGCUAACACACCGGCCACCCCGCCCAACUUCCCUGACGCCCUCACCAUGUUCUCCCGGCUCAAGGCCUCAGAGAGCUUCACCACCAGCAGCCCCAUGGCCUCCAUGGCCACCUCUCCCCCUCCUCCACACAGUUGCUGGGGCGUACCACAGCCCCCUAUGCCCAUGAGCGGCCCACAGGUUCAGGGACUCUGGACUCAGGGGCAGCCCCCCUCCCACCCCACAGCCUGGCCCACGGGGGUCACCGUUAACCCCCACACCCACCAACACCAACACCCGUCCACCGAACAGAAGGCGAGCGUGGCCAUGGAGGCCGAGAGAUGAGAGGCCUGGACUGGAUGGCCCUGGGGGGAGGGGAGAGGGAGGGAUGGGGCAGGGGGAGGGGAGAGGAAAGGUGAUGGUGAGAAUGGGAGGGUGGAGACAGACAGCUACACACACCAUGAAAAAUCAAGCAACUACGUAACGUGGACAUUUCAACAAGAGGUGGGGAAAAUGAUUCAAAUAAGACAACAAAAGUAAAACAUUUAAUGGAAAAAGAAGUGCUCACACUUAGCAAUAAGAGAGCAAGUGAAAUCUUUGUUAGUUUGUUUUGCUUCUCUCUCAAUAAAUGUAUAGAUAAUAAUAAGAUAAGACAAAUAAAUGUAUGGAACUAAAAAUCAUCACCACCAGGGAUUAUACUGCUGAUGUUUUCUGACACUUAAAAGGCAGCAACUGUUUCUUCUCUGGUUCUUCUUUUAUUUUUGUCUGUCCAUCCAGUGUUUUCCCUCUACUGGGGACCUGUGAUAAGAAGCUUUUGGUGCUGCAUGGAGAGAGCGAAUCUGUCCAUCCAGUGUUUUACUCUAGUAUACUCAUCACAAACAUGUGUCUGUGUGCAGUGUGUAACCAUCAAACACAUACACACUCAACUAGCGAGCAGAAGAAACAGUGACAUAGUUUUCAUUACCCAUCUUACCUCACCUGGUGGUCACCUGACUUCUUUCAGCCUAUCAGGGAUUCUCAACUGUUUGACAAUGCAGAACUUUUUUUUUUUUUUACAGAUUUGUAAUUUUUCAGCUCUGGUAUUUUCUCAUGUUGAUGACACUGUUCAUUGCUAUAGCUUUUCUUUCCAAUGAAGGGUGAUGCUUUACUAUUAACCUGGUCUGGAAGAUAGAACUGGCCACUGCAAUGGUUCUGCAUAUUUGGGUAUUAUAUAAAAAUCAUGGUUUGAUAUAUUAUAGGUUAAUGUUUUUUUUUCUUGGUGGGAGGGAGGGGCGGGGUUUGGGUGAGAGUGGGCGGGAUUUGUUUAUGUUGUGUUUGGGAAGAGCCAAUCGGAGAAGCUAAAAAAUUAAUCUACAGAAAAACCAGACUACUAUAAAUAUAUUGACUAUUUGUAAAGCAGAACUUGCCACUUUGCAUGAUGUAUUCAUAAUGUAUACUGUCUUCAAACCAAGACGUGUUUCUGGCUGUUGGGGCAGGGGAUACUACUUUUUUAUGAUUUAUAAUUUGUAUAGCAGCAUUAUACAACUGGUUAUGAUCACAUGUGAUCCUGCAUAUAGCAGGUUAUGGAAGGCAUUGAUUUAAGACAAUAUUCACAUGCAGGGUCGGCCCCAUUCAGUUUUGUUAUCCUUGGGUUAUUUCAAUUGAAUAAAUGAUAUAAAAUAAAACCCAGUUAGAAAUAUUUGUUUAUGUUAGUUCUUUUUUUAGGAAGAACAUUUUCAGGAAAAUAUAAUUAUAAUUAUGAGUAAACCAUCUUUAAUUUGACUAAAAUAAUGUUUCAGUUCAUCCCUUUUCCAUCAUUGUAGUUUGAAUCUGGGCGUACCUGAAUGGUUUCUCAGUGUAUGUUUCCCCCUGUAUGACUGUAUUGAUAUACCAUUCCCACAAUAUUUGUGGACUACCUGAUAAUUAACUUUUUUGUGUUCCUAAAUAAAUAUUGUAUGUCGACCUACA